AAUGCGAGUUUAGAAGCCGAAAAUGCUAAAUUGGUCAGCAAACUGCAAUUCUGCGAAGCUUCAUUGAAUAAUUUAGAACAGUAUUCUCGCCGCGAGUGCGUAGAAAUAUCUGGCAUCCCUGAGACAGAAGACGAAAACACGAAGGAAAUUGCAAUAAAAGUAGGCUCAUUAAUUGGAGUACAUAUAACGGAAAGCGAUUUAUCCGUGAGUCAUCUACUACCAAAACAGUCCUACAGAGAUAGUUAGGGAAGGAUCUCAAGCUUUAUCGAAUUCGCGCGUCAGGGCUCCCAAUAUAGUUGUGAAAUUUGUACGAAGAGCGCUGAGAGAUCGCUUCUAUAAAGCAAGAAAAUUUCUACGGAAUAAGACA